AUGAGCGUCGAAGAAUUCCGCAAGGGCUUUGGGGAAGAUUGGCAGCUCAGUCAAUUCUGGUACUCUGCAGAAUUUGCUGCAAGACUCGCACAUCUCAUGGCUCCUAUCGUGUCUCGCAGCGAUGUUCUGGUAUUCAUCUCUUCCCCGACGGCAUACGUUGGCUUUCAGCACGCAUACAAUCGCAAGCAGACGUACCUGCUCGAAUACGAUCGGAGGUUCGAGCUGAUCGAUGCGGAAGAAUUCGUCCACUACGACCUCGAAGAGCCCUUGAGAGUGCCCGAGCAUCUCAAGGGAAGGGUCGACUUCGCCGUCGUUGAUCCACCAUUCCUGAACGAGGUCACCUCUCGAAAGGUGGCAGAGACGGUCAAGGAGCUAUUGGCUCCAAAGGGACGCGUGCUAUUGCUCACUGGUCGGAGUAUAGCAGAUGCGGCGUGCGGCAUCUACAAAGAGGUGGCGGAUGUGGAACUCAAAGAGACAGCUUUGAAGGUGGAACACGCGGGAGGAUUGGCAAACGCGUUCGGGGCAUGGGCCAGCUGGCCAGACGCGGAGAAGUUUGGAAGUGAAGGCACGUGA